ACAAGACACACAUGGUGGCAUGGGAUGGUUUUCCUAGAAAGGAGAUAGAAUAAUCAUGAAAGUUUGGGUAUCCGUUAACCAUGAAGUUAAUUUUAUCUUUGGUGAACAGUGGUGGCAGCAGAUUAGGAAAACUAUGCGAAGUUGGUCGUCAUGGUGAUUUAUCAAUGGAAACACCGUGCUGUCUAUUGUACACAAGAUGCGGUCUCCCUCCUCAUUUGACUCCUGAUGUAAUGAGGACACUGAAGAGACUUCCUGCAGCUACUCAGUUAACACUGCCAACCCUGGCUGAAAGUCAUGAAACUGUGGAGGGUAUUCCAGGUGGAAUAGGUCACUUCAUUGGCAUACAAAACACACUUUACUAUCUAUCAUUACAAGACCCAGGUAUCCAGACACCAAGUGGAUACAAUGAUAAGUCAUCAGCCUCCAUCUGGGUGUCAGCAGGAAGAAUGAGGCUCCAUGUUGACCAGUACAUGUCCAUGCAGAAGGCCUUUAAACCAGAUUGGUAUGAAGCAAUGUAUGAUGGAGACACACCCCUUGGAUGUAGUCGUAAGAAGAUUCAAAAGUCAAUCAACCGAACUCUGAACUUUCUUGACAAAUGUUUAAAUAUUCAUGAGGAAAGUGAUGAUUUGAAAAGCUCUGAAAUAUUCGGUGUUAUAGAAGGUGGUGAUCUACUGGAAGAACGCCUACAUUCAGUGAGAGAAACGGUGAAGCGGCCAGUGGCUGGGUUUGUGCUAGAUGGAUUCCAGCGAUAUAUGAUGCAUGAUGAUGCUCGGCGGAAGCUUUUGGCAGCAGUUGUGAAAGAAUUGCCGGAGGAUAAACCUAGGUUAUUGCAUGGUCUUGGCCGACCUGAUGACAUCAUUGAUGCUGUGGAGGCAGGGGUUGAUAUAUUUGAUUCCUCAUUUCCAUAUAAUGUUACUGAGAGAUGUUGUGCACUUGUCUUCCCUUUCAAAAAGCUAGAAGAGUUAGAACAUGGAAGUAAAGAUGAAAAACAAGGUGGUUGUUUUGAUGGGUUGCAGAGCAGCGUUGAAAGCUUCAUUGGAAAUGUCCCAUUUGAUAGUGAUGAUACCAAUAAAGACACCUGCAAGAAAACAGAAUUUGAAAUUAACUUGCGAGAACAGAGGUAUUUUGACGAUUUUUCACCUUUAGUUAAAAAUUGUGAAUGCUAUUCUUGUGAGCAUCACACUAGAGCUUACAUCAACCACUUGCUGAGGACCAAGGAGCUUUUAGGACCUGUACUUCUUAUGCUACACAAUUUCCACCACUACUUUGAAUUUUUCCAUGAAUUGCGGGAGAGUUUACGGAAUGGCUCAUUGGACCAACUGAAAGAUCUCAUCAAACAGUCUUCUUCAUAAAAAGUGAUGCAACCUUUUAACUAUAGAGGGCGCCAUCAUAUAGUGAACAUAAUUUAACAUGAAGAAGACCUAAUAGAAUUUAUUUUAGAACUCUGAUAUUUUGUAGCUAUGGAAAACUAAUUAAACUCACUGAUGCCAAGAUGUAAAUAAAUUAGUUUUUGCAUUAGUGUAUAAAAUAUUAAAUCUCAUAAAGAUUAUAAUGAGAAGUCGUGUUUGUGUGAUAAAUGAAACUAGUACAGUAGUACUAGAUACACAGGUGAUUGUGAAUAUCAGUGAAUUUGUUCCUUGAAUUGUAUCCAAUGAGCUUUGGAAAAUCAUCUGUCUUUGUACAUUUCAUUAUGGAAUACAUAUAUGAAUUACAUAUUAAAUGUAUUAUUUGUUAUA